AGGUGCGGUGAUGCUCACGGACUGCGUCUUUUGGUUCAUAAUUGUACUGUUUCUAGCAAUCAAAGAUUACGAUUUGAAUUUUUUGAUUAUAAAUAUGCAUACCAUCAAUGCUGUUUUUCUGCUCGGCGACACUGCUUUGAAUUGCUUGCGGUUCCCUUGGUUUCGAAUUGCAUACUUUUUCCUGUGGACUGCUGUUUAUGUCAUGUUCCAAUGGAUCGUCCAUGCCUGCGUUUCGCUUUGGUGGCCAUACCCUUUUCUUGAUUUGUCAUCUACAUUUGCUCCACUAUGGUAU